UAGGAGAGCAGUGGGAUGCAGACCCAAAAUUCUCAUAAAAAGACCAGACCUAGUGGUCUGACUGAGGCUAGAAGGACCCUGGUGGUCAUGGCCCCCAGACCUUCUGUUGGCCCAGGACAGGAACUAUUCCCAAAGCCAACUCUUCAGACAGGGAUUGGACUGGACAAUGGAUUGGAGAGGGAUGCUGGUGAGGAGUGAGCUUCUUGAAUCAGGUGGACACUUGAGACUAUGUUGGCAUCUCCUCCCUGGAGGGGAGAUGAGAGGGUAGAGGGGGUAAGAAGCUGGCGAAAUGGACGUGAAAAGAGAGAGUGGAGAGAAGGAGUGGGUUGUCUCAUUAAGGGGUGAGCAAUUGGGAUUAUGUAGCAAGGUGUAUAUAAGUUUUCAUGUGAGAGACUGACUUGAUUUGUAAACUUUCACUUAAAGCACAAUAAAAAUUAAAAAAAAAAAGAAAGACCAGACUUGCUGGCCUGACACAGACUGGAGAAACUCUGAGAGAAUGGACCUCGGACACACCUUCCAGCUCAGCAAUGAGGUCACUCCUGAAGUUCACCCUUCAGCCAAAGAUUGAACAGGCACAUGGAACAAAACUAAACUAAAGGGGUCCACCAGCCCUGGGACAGGGACUGGAAGGCAGGAAGGAACAGAAAAGCUGUUAAUAGGGAACCCAGGGUUGAGAAGGGAGAGUGUUAACAUGUUGUGGGGUUGCUAAACAAUGUCAUAUAGCAAUGUGUGUACUGUUUGAUGAAAAAACUAGUUUGUUCUGUAAACCUUCAUGUAAAGUCCAACUAAAAAAAAAAAAAGAAGGGGAGACUGUGCCUGCGCGCUGGCUGCUCUUUUCCCACUUUCACGUGUCCCAAGGGCCGGAUUGCAGGCCUCUCCUUGCGGCGGCGUAGCGAAGCUGGGUAGGCGCUGCGGCUACCAGAACCAUGGCAGGACAGGCAUUUAGAAAGUUUCUUCCCCUCUUUGACCGAGUAUUGGUGGAAAGGAGUGCAGCUGAAACUGUAAACAAAGGAGGCAUUAUGCUUCCAGAAAAAUCUCAGAGAAAAGUACUGCAAGCAACAGUAGUAGCUGUUGCAUCCGGAUCUGAAGGAAAGGGUGGAGAAAUUCAGCCAGUUAGCGUGAAGGUUGGAGAUAAAGUUCUUCUCCCAGAAUAUGGAGGCACCAAAGUAGUUCUGGAUGACAAGGAUUAUUUCUUAUUUAGAGAUGGUGAUAUCCUUGGGAAGUAUGUAGACUGAAAGAAAUCAAUACUGAAAUAGCAUCACAUGAAGCUGCCCAUUCCACUGAAGUUCUGAAAUCUUUCAUCAUGUA